GCCACCGGCGACUGUGCUCGACACCAGCAAUCAAAGAAACAAAUCCAACGGGAGAUUCCCCUACAAAACGCUACCCGGAGAGGAGCAGACGCCAUGAGCGCCGCGUACGACUCCCGGAACGGGCGUCCCAGCAGUCGGUCGAGGGGACGGAACAACAUCGGGGGGCCGAGCACAAUUGCAGACAAGGCCGAUGCCUUUCAUCUCGGCCCCGGAAACGACCAGCCCUCGUCGAUAUGGACGACGCGCCACGUCGAAAUGCCCAUCCCCAGCACCAUUUCGCUGGCGAACUACCAGAAACUCUACAAGGCGAGCCGAGAGGCGGGGACCUUGCUGGGAAUCGCGGAAGACCCCGGCAGCGGGAUCGGAAGCAGCGGCAACGCCGCCAAGGCUUCUUCCGGUGCGGCCGCUUCCAACAGCGGGGGUACCAGCGGCGGAGACGACGACAAGAACGGCAAGGGAACCCCGGGGGGCGGGGGCGGGGGAGCCAGCGCGACCGCGGGAAGCAACACCGGUGCGGGCGGAGAAUCGAGCUACUUCUCCGGUUUUAUAGGACGCGUGUUGAACACCAAUGCCAACGACAGCAAUUCCAGCAAGGGGGACGAGAGCGAUCCGAUCCUCUCCGCCUCGGGGUCUUCCGUGCGCCCCCUCCGGCCGCCCCGAAACGGGUGCGUGGCCACCGCAAACUCGUGGAUGGUAGCGGCCGUGGAAUGCCCUGGAACCGGGGCGGCAGGAUUCUCGUCGCCGAGGGCCGAUGCCAAUCCCUCCGGCGCCAAUGCCAGCACUACGCUGCGCCUGGUCACCCGCUGGAACGUCCGUCGAACGAGCGGCGGGGUGCAGGACCAGUGGAUGGCUCUUCCGCCCCCCGUAGCCGGCGGGGACGGCCGGAUCGUGCACGUCUUUGUGGACCCGACGGGGACGCACACCCUGCUCUCGGCGCGCAACGGGGAGGCCUACUACCACCACUCCUCCCUGAAGGAACUCCAGAAACUGAAUGGCUUUGGGCGCAACGCCGACGGGACCUGGCCUUCGAAGGAAAAACUCAACGGGAUUUCCGCGUCGUCGCAGCAGGUGGUCACCCACGGCAGCGGUGGGGGCAGUUCGAACAAGAACAAGAAAAAGAACAGCAAGUUCACCCUGCCGAUUCAGCAAGGUUUGUCGGUCGGAUCGUACGUGACGGCCGUGGCCUGGGACCGGGAGAAGGGCACCGAGGGAACGAGCCGAAAAAUCUUGCUGGGAACCAGUGCCGGUGAAAUCUACGAGUACAUGCUCGUCUCUCCGAACGAGAUGGCCGCGGCGACAUCGAGUGGCGCAAAGGACGCAACCAGCAAAUCGUCAACGUCCAAGUCUGCCAUCGACGAUCCCGACGAAGUGGCCUUGCUGACCAAAAAUCCGGUCUUGCUGCACCAGCUUCGAUCCGAUGCACCCGUCACCGGGUUGAUCUUUGAACGGCUAAGAACCGGGCUGCUGGUGAUGUGCUGCACCUCCGGCAGGAAGAAACGAACGCGGUUUUACACCUUUUACUCGGCGCACAACAGUUCCUUUCGCAUGGCCAUGGCCGACGAAGCCCACGCCAGCCUGGUGGAGCUUCCCGGAAGCCUGAACCGGGCCGAGCUGAAGCUCUGCAACGAUCACAUCUGCAUGCGCACCGAAACCGGUAUCUACUACGGCAACAUUGAUCGGGCCCAGAGUGGCCCGGCCUUUGCGGGGGGAUCCAUGAUUGUGGACUCUGGCAUCUUGCCCUAUGACGGAGACAAGCACCACGGUUCUCUAAGCAACACUUCCAGCGGCCACAUCCCGGUGUCUCUGGCGGUGACACCCCACCACAUCAUCACGCUGGAAAACAACGAGGUCCGGUUUAUCAACCGUGUGUCUCAGAAGGCCAUUCAAACCGAACGGAUUGAUUUCCAGUCGAUGACCUCGGAUCGGGCUCUAGACGACUCCAUCAUGGGAAUUGGUGAGCUGAUGAGUGACAUCCGGCGACCCGAUCAGGUUUGGUUGCGCAAAGCACGGAGUCUGGUACACAUUUCGUCCAGCCAAGAAGAUCGGGAUGUAUGGAAGUACACGCUGAACAAGAGUCUCAACAUGCCGAUCAAGAGGGCAGCUGCUGGRUCCCACAACGUUCUCAGUGAGGAAGAAAAGGCACAGGAACUCAUGUUUGAACAGGCCAAGAGCCUCUGUACGAAUCCGUCGCAAAAGGCUGUMGUCACGGCGGUUCGAGCGGAAUACCACCUGUCACAGGGUCGGGCAGAGCUGGCGGCCAAGUAUUUUUCGCAGUGUCCCCCGGCCCUGGAACCUUUUGCCGACACGGCGGUCCGGCUUGCACUGAUGAACCUGGGAAUCGACGACCCGCAUUCGUACAGUGGAUCGCCACUGGCACGGGACGCCCUGAAGAGCAAUCUGCCCUUGAUCACCUAUUUGUCCGACAAGAUGCGGGUCGGAAAGAACAACAACGACAAAAUGACCUGCACCAUGAUUGGUGCUUGGUUGACGGAACUCUACUUGCACGAACGUGAUACCUAUCCCGGGGCGAAGCAAUCUCUCACGCAGUUCUUGUCACAAAACGUUCACACGAUGGACGCCAAAACCAUUAUGAAGAUACUGACUUCCCACGACGUUGGCGCCACCGAUUGUGCUGCCUACGCAGCCGUGAGCGGAGACAUUGCUACAGCCGUAAACGCUGCUCUCCGCGUGUCGCCCGAUGCACAGGACGGCGUGGUCGAAGCUCUCCGGAUCCUGAACGAAUCCCCCUUUGAAAUUUCCGAGUCUCUGUACUACAGAUAUGCCUCGACGCUUCUGGCAAGGGCGCCCAAUCUGGCAGGCAAAUCGUUUUUGUCCCGAUACACGCACGGGCUGAGCCCCACCCGGCUGCUCCCAUCCUUCAUGCACUACGAAAGGCUUCGGGUAGAGAGGAAUCGUGCCAAGCACGUGGCACAGGCCGCCAAGGGGAAGAACCCCUACUCGAAGGGUUCCAGGGACAACGUCGACUCGGCAGGAUCCAGGGAUAUGUUUGGGGGCGGUGUGGAAGUGCAAAUCAUGAACCGCGUUGGCUCGUUCGUGGACGAGCCGGUAACCACGAAAUACCUGGAGGGCGUGAUCAAGCUCGGCUGCCAGAGCAGCGCAAUAUUUAGCUUUCUCAUCUCGCUCUAUGUCGACAUGGUAGACGAAGAACCACUCUACAAGUUUUUGUCGGAGCACGUUCCCUCGGCCGCGGUGGCAUCCGAGGCCGCCCGAAACGCGGGACUGGGGGCUUUUGCCGACGACGGUUUGUCGGGUCCACUCGACAUGUCGUAUGCUCUUCGAACCAUUCUGGGGACGGGGCGGCACUUUCGAUCGGCCAUCAAAUUAUACAUGUAAGGGUGCCAUYGUUGUUUYCUUGGUGUUUGUUUGCAUCAUGGGGUGAUUGGCGGGUGUCUCUCAAUGCUUUCUUGUUUUCUCGCAAUGUUUUACAGGGGCUUCGGUAUGAGACAACAAGCCGUAGAAUUGGCACUGAAAGUAGAUCCCUCUCUAGCGAGGGACCUUGCACAAGACAGUGUGGAGCUGGAAGAGCGAAGACGUCUGUGGCUCAUGAUUGCGAGAAGCGCRGCGUCGGAAGGUGUCCGGGGUGGAGAUGUUGACGUUGUGUCGAAGGUUGUCUCUGUUUUGAAAGACUGUGGGCCGGAUGUUCUGUCCAUCGAAGAUGUAAGUAAAAAGAAGGAGACGAAUCCUUGUCCGCUCUUUGCUUUCACAUUCUUCUCAACGUAGCGCUUGUGAAUACGUACAAUUCAAUUUCCUCUGCACUCGCACUCGCAUUGUUGUUGGUUCCGGGGUAUCUACAGGUUCUUCCGUUUCUGCCAGACUUCGCGCAGAUUGACCAGAUUAAGGACGAAAUAUGCGAAGCUCUAACUUCCUAUUCCUCCAAGAUUGAAGGCUUUUUGAAAGAAAUGAGUAAUUGUGAUCAGAAUUGCGAUGCUCUGCGUGGAGAGAUAUCGAGACUUCGAACUCAUAGGAUGGAGUUGAAGUCUGAUGCCCGAUGCGCAUUUACGAAGAAGGCUGUUCUCUCAUCCGGAGAGCCUUUCUACGUCUUUCCUUCGGGGUAUGUAGUCUUGGAGAGUGCUCUGAAACACGAAAUUAAACCUCAUUUGAACGAAAAGCAACGAAGUCGUGUGGACGAAAUCGAGCAAGCGUUAUUGAGGAACAAAAACGAUCGCAGCCUAUCGUUACAAAACKUAGAUUCACUUCAAGCAGAACUGGAUGGUUUGAUUGCUGCCGAAUGCCCCCUGACUGGAUCUGCGAUGGUAGAAAGUAUCGACCAACCCUUCGCCGAUAGCAUGGAGAUCGAGGACAUACUUAGCGCUGGGGCUUCGGGCGGCAGAGGUACUACAGCAUGCGUCUAAAAGGGCAUCAAAUUUCUCGUAAUUCUGUAAAAUAUUAGACAACGAAAGAAUAUUGUUUUCCACUCAGCAAAUAAGUUUUACUUAAAAAU